UUCAAGCACCACUUCUAGGAUCGGCUUCCCGAUGUUUGUCUGAUCGAAGUUUCCUGGAGUGAAACGCAAAUGGUUUCUGUUUUGAGAGGAAAGAGACUGUUUUGGAAGGCGCAUCUCCGGAGGAAUUACUAACGAGGGGCCAGAAGAAUAUGAGCUCAACCCGGAGAGAAGCAACUGGCCCGACCAGCUACCUCACCGAGCUGUGAGCGGCCAUGCUCUCCCUUCAUCAGCCAUCGAGGGGAACCCUUCUCCAGAUGCGGGACUGCUUUCUGACAUAGAUUUGGAAGAAGUGGAAACUCGUAAUAGAAAUGGCAUUUGUUUGUGUGGGCAAUGACGCAUCAGAGUACAUCUUAGAAUACAGGUGAGGCUGAUACCCACGGGACUCGUAGCAGGAGGGAAACCGCCUCAGAUGACCUUUUCACAAGGACACAGCCACAGCCCAGCUUUGGUGAUUUAGUGUCCAUCCCACUACCUUGCUGACAAGGUCGUAUCAUGGCUGCUGCUGAUCCCCAUAGCAACAGUUGCUUGGCUGGGCGAGGAGCAGACUGAGCGUCAACAUGCAGCGUAACGGUGGCGGGGGGGGCGCCGGGGGCCAGCCAUGGGUGCUACGCCGUGUGCGUCUAACCUGGCUCAGUUUCAUGCUCUUCUUCAUCCUGGUUUUCUUCCCACUCAUUGCCCACUACUACCUCACGACCAUUGACGAGGCCGGGGGUCCCGACAAGCGCAUCUUCGGGCCGCGGCCCGGCGUGUGCGAGGCCAAACAUGUGCAGGACUUGUGCCGAAUCCGCGAGUCGGUCAGCGAGGAGCUGCUGCAGCUGGAGGCCAAGAGGCAGGAGCUCAACGGGGAGAUCGCCCGACUCAACCUGCGCAUCGAGGCCUGCAAGCGAAGCAUCGACAGCGCCAAGCAGGACCUGCUGCAGCUGAAGAACGUGAUCAGCCAGACGGAGCAUUCCUAUAAAGAGCUAAUGGCCCAGAACCAGCCACGGUUGUCCCUACCAGUCCGGCUGCUGCCAGACAAGGAGGACCUGGGACUGCCGCCACCCAAGUCUGCCCGCUCCUGCCGCCUCCGCUCCUGCUUUGACUAUGCGCGCUGCCCUCUUACUUCUGGGUUUCCUGUGUAUGUCUACGACACAGGCUCCUAUCAAUGGGCAGAUUAUCUUGACCCACUGGUGAAGCAGGCUUUUGCAGCAUCAGUUAAGAGCAACAUUUAUAUAACCGAUAACCCCAGCAUUGCUUGUCUGUAUGUAGUGCUGGUAGGGGAGCUACAGGAGUCCUCCUCCCCACCGCCAUCUCCUUUAGAGCUGGAAAAGCAACUCAAAGCUCUCCCUUACUGGAGGUCUGAUGGGCACAAUCAUGUACUGGUGCAUUUCUCCAGAAAGUCCAUGACUCAGAACUUCCUCUAUAAUGUGAGCACAGGUCGGGCAGCAGUUGCUCAGUCCACCUUCCUGGAGCAGCAGUACCGCGAGGGCUUUGACUUGGUCCUUUCCCCACUGGUUCAUGCACUCGCCGAACCUAAUUUUUUGGAAGUGCCCCCUCAAGUUCCCGUAAAGAGGAAAUACCUCUUCACCUUCCAGGGGGAGAGGGUGGAGUCACUGAGGAGCAGCUUACAGGAGGCGCCCCCUCAGUCUUUCGAGGAGGAAAUGGAAGGAGACCCACCAGCCGACUACGACGAUCGCAUCAUCGGCACCUUGAAGGCAGUGCAGGACAGCCACUUGGACCAGGUGCUGGUGGAGUUCACGUGCAAGAACCCACAGCCGAGUUUGCCCACGGAGUGGGCUCUCUGUGGAGAGAGGGAGGACCGGCUGGAGGUCCUCAAGGCUUCAACUUUUGGCUUGGUGAUUUCCCCAGGGGACGGACACCUGGUGGCCUCAGCAGGCUGUGGGAUGAGGCUCUUUGAGGCCCUUGAAGUAGGGACCAUUCCAGUCGUGCUAGGGGACCACGCCAGACUACCAUAUCACCAGUUUAUUCGCUGGAGUGAAGCAGCCAUUAUCGUCCCAAAGCCUCGUGUCACAGAGCUACACUUCCUGCUACGCAGCCUAUCGGACAACGACAUGUUGGCGAUGAGGCGUCAGGGCCGCUUCCUGUGGGAGACCUACUUCUCCACCACGGAGAAUGUUCUUAACACCCUCCUGGCCAGCAUCAGAACCAGCGUCCAGGUUCCUGCCGCACCCAUCAAAGAAGAGCCCGCCCACGAGAUUCCCCACAAAGCGGGGAAGAUGGCAGGAACGGAUGCCAACCUGGCUGACAACGGUGAUCUGGAUUUGGGUCCUGUUGAGACAGAGCCCCCCUACGCCUCUCCACGCUUCCUCCGCAACUUCACAUACACAGUUUCAGACACUUAUAGAGCGUGGAACCGGGCCCCGGGGCCUUUCCAUCUGUUCCCUCACACUCCUCUGGACCCUGUGCUGCCGUCUGAAGCCAAAUUCCUUGGCUCGGGUACUGGCUUUAGGCCUAUUGGUGGAGGUACGGGAGGCUCGGGGAAGGAGUUCCAGGCAGCUCUCGGAGGAAAUGUGCCCCGAGAACAAUUCACCGUGGUGAUGCUGACUUAUGAGAGGGAGGAGGUGCUGAUGAACUCUCUGGAGAGACUGAAUGGACUGCCGUACCUCAACAAGGUAGUGGUGGUGUGGAACUCGCCAAAGCCUCCUUCGGAUGACCUGCUGUGGCCGGACAUCGGCCUGCCGAUUGUGGUUGUUCGCACAGAGAAGAACAGCCUCAACAACCGCUUUCUUCCCUGGGACACCGUGGAAACCGAGGCCAUCCUGUCGAUUGACGAUGACGCUCAUCUCCGCCACGACGAGAUCAUGUUCGGGUUCAGAGUGUGGCGUGAGGCCAGAGAUCGCAUCGUGGGUUUCCCCGGGCGGUAUCAUGCGUGGGACGUGAACCACCAGUCCUGGCUGUACAACUCCAACUACUCCUGUGAGCUCUCCAUGGUCCUGACGGGAGCGGCUUUCUUCCAUAAGUACUACGCCUACUUGUACUCCUACGUGAUGCCCCAAGCCAUCAGGGACAUGGUGGACGACUACAUAAACUGCGAGGACAUUGCCAUGAACUUCCUGGUCUCGCACAUCACCCGCAAACCACCCAUCAAGGUGACAUCACGUUGGACCUUCCGCUGUCCCGGCUGCCCUCAGGCGCUCUCGCACGACGACUCGCAUUUCCACGAACGGCACAAGUGCAUCAACUUCUUCGUCAAGGUGUACGGCUACAUGCCGCUGCUGUACACGCAGUUCCGCGUGGACUCGGUGCUGUUUAAGACUCGUUUGCCCCACGACAAGACCAAGUGCUUCAAGUUCAUCUAGCACCGGGCUGAGCGGCCCAGCAAAGAGCCCGAAGCAGAGAGGACGGAAGGACCGGAAGUAUUUAUGAGACCAGCGGCUCCCAGUGACGAGGACAGACGGAUAAAUGCACAGAAGGAAGGUUUAGGCUCAGGAUUCUGCCCCGAGGAAGAAACGAGUGAACCCAAAAAGCUGUUUGCUUGGUAUUCUAAUCCACAACGCGACUGAACAUCUGAGGAGUGGAAGCUGAAAGGAACCACUGCCAACAAAAUAAGCCUUUUCAGUGGCCGCCACUCCUCCUCACUCAUGUUCUUCAAUCAUCAACCACUACAGAUGUCCUUUGCACCUCUCCACGGCCCGCUGAGGAGAGAGGAGGGUUGUACGCAGUGUACAUACAUUCUCCCACGAUGAACUCUACCCGACUGGAUUCAUCAGCUUCUGAAUCACCGGCGGACGGAUGUCCAGCAGCGUGUUGGUACUGGUCAGUAGAGCGAAGGGGGCGGCAGCACACGGUCCCCAUUUACAGUGACAAGCUGUACUUCUUGUACAUGGACAUGAUGGAAGCACUGACGGUCAGAAGUAUUUUAUUGAACAAUCAUUCUUUCUUCUUUCUUUCUUUUUUUAAAAUAAUGUCUAAAUGUAUCAAAUCUGUCGACGGAACACCUUCCAGAGCCUCUGCCUGUGGGAGAGACAGGACCUUAACUGAAGAGUUGGCCCGAUCAUGUUUAGUAGUGUUAUGUUUUCAAGAAGGAAUUCUCUUCAGCGGUCACCAUAAUGCCUCAAAUGUGUCAUGAAAACCAGCCACAAGUCAUUUUGUUCUGCUUACAGGAGCCGCACUCUUUGGAGAGUGAUGGGAACGGCCUGUUUUUUAUGCUGUAGGGCAUUUACUAAUGUUUGUAAAAUUGGUCUGAGGUCGAAGUAGUCAUGUUUAAAUGUAAUAAUAUUAACCAAUCAACGGUUACUACGUCCCUUGCUGAAGUGCAACACAGUCAAGAAUCACAGCUGCCAACAUUUGUUGUAAUUUUUAAAUGUACUAUUAAGAUUAUGGUUGAAAAAAGAAGAAGAAAAAGCUCAAAGGGAAUAGCUUGACAUAAUAGGAAAUAAACUUAUUUGCUUUCAGGCAGGGAGUGGGAUGAGAUCGUUGUCUUCGCCGCUCAGAACUGUCGAGUAAGCUUAGUUUGCUUCGACUAACCGCGAGCCCGGCUCGGUCCAAAGGUACCAAAAUCCGAAUCCCUGAAGCUCAUUAAUUAACAUCUUAUGUUGAAAGUGUUUCCAGAUAUUUAUCAUCUAACUCCAACAGCGACCAAAUAAGCUUGAACUAUUGUCUUAAUAUAUUGCCAGUUCUGGCUUUGAGGCGGAAGGAUUGGACGCGUCCCGCUGCGGCGACGUCGCCCUUCCCCAGCUCGGACAGAAUCGUCACUUUACGGUGUCGCCUUGUUGGUUUCACGUCGUUUUUUUUAUUUUUUAUACCAUCGCUUGAUGAAUGUUUUCUUUGCCAAAUAGGUACGCCGUGGCUGCAGAGCCGCAGGGAGCAGUCUGGUACCGUGUCCACUCUGCGUGGUACUUUGUAGGAGUUGAUCCUUUUGUGUUUGAGUCCUUAUUUUGACCAGACUUAAUUCCUGUAAUCUGAAGAAAAAAAAAAGAUCAACCUAAAUAGAUCCCCUUUAAAAAAAAAAGAUAUAUUUGGAUAUGUUAAGUAUUUUAAUUUUUUUUCUUUCAAAAAGGUUUGAACUGUGAGGAUGCUUUUAUGACACACAAACUCGCAUAAGUCCACGGUUCCUGUAUAUUUAUUGAAUAUAUUAUUAAAAAAAAGAUUUUUUUUAAAACGCUGACACAUUCAAUAAAAUGACAAGACGUUGUAGUUUAUGAUUCCUUUAUAGCGAAGAGGUCCCAACCUGAUGGAGCCGCGAGUUCACGGCUCUGCCGAGGAAAACCUGCGUGUGCCACUGAACGCUGGAGGAGGAGCUUAACUGACCUGAGAGGCAUCGAAAUGACCCGAUUGGUCGGUCGACCAGAAACCAAACGUCAUCCACUGAGCAGUAACGUGUCUUUAAGGCCAGUCGUCUGCCUGCACCAGGUGGCUGCUGCUCUUUGACCGCCAGUGAAAAAUACAAAUAUUUGAUAAGCAUAUUUAGCUUGAGGAUAAAUGAAGAGCCACAUUUCUAAUUACACUGAUGUAAAUCGGCCAUACAACUCAAACAAAUCCAAAUUCACACCAGCAGCCGCUUUCCAAACCUCGUCACACCUGAAAAGCUUUUUAUCGAAGCUCUCGGGCCUCGUAAUUACCCGGCUGACUAAACCUGUCCUGGGGCAUAAAUGGUCAGCCGGGACGUUGCAAGUCAACGCCUCCAGUCCUUCUCCUCCCCUCCCCCCUCCAUCUAGGAUCUGUGGCACAGCUGGUUUUCCAUGGCCCAGAGCAGGGUAGAAUUCCCUGGAAGGCCGUGCCCCCCCCCCCCCACACACACACUCAGUGUUAGGAGCUGUGAGGCUCUGAGCUCUGGGUCCAGCCACCUGCACCACUCUGAUGGUGACGGCCGCCUCACGCUCACCAUUGAAGGCCAGAUUGAUGGAAAUAAAAACUCAACAUUGUGAACACAUUG